GGCGGCGGGGAGCGGCAGCCACCGGCAGCGGGGACGCCUCGGCGGGCGGGCGUCCCCUUCAGCGAGACUGAGAGAGGAUGGAGCCACAAAGGACUUUGGCUGACACGUGCGGCGGGGCGGCCGGCGGCCGCGGCUAGGGCCACCCCUCUCCCCUCCCUCCUCCCCUCCCCGCUAUGCUGUGCUCUUGCCGGGCCCCUCAGCGCGCUCGACGCACGGCGGCGAUGGAGCGGGUCGGGCUGCUCUGAAGCCGCGGCCGGACCCAGAAUGGCCUCAGCGGGGAGUUCCGCGGCGGAGCGGCCGGCGGCGGCGGGGGGCAGGGCGGAGGCGCCGCGGGGCCGCAGCCUGUCCGCGCUCGGCUCCCCCCUGGCGGCCGGGGGCGGCGGCGGCCACCUGGUCCUCGCCAAGGGACCGGCUCCCGGGGACGAGCGGGGCGGGGGCGCCGCCGGGGCCGCCCGGUCCCUCGCCGCCGGCAGCGGGAACUUCCCCCGACGGGCGGAGCGCGGCCAGACGGCGGCGCCCGGCCGAGGGGCGUCCCCGGGUCCCCCGCUCCCGCCGCCACCCCUGCUGCUGGCCGGCCCGCCGGGCAGAGCCUGCCUGCGGGCCGUGCUGGCGGACUCACGCUUCUUCUUGGUGUGCAUGUGCUUCCUGACCUUCAUCCAGUCUCUCAUGGUCUCCGGAUACCUGAGCAGCGUCAUCACCACCAUCGAACGGAGAUAUAGCCUCAAGAGCUCGGAGUCGGGGCUGCUCGUCAGCUGCUUCGACAUUGGGAGCCUGGUGGUGGUGGUUUUCAUCAGCUACUUCGGGGGGCGUGGACGGAGGCCCCUGUGGCUGGCAGUAGGGGGGUUUUUCAUCGCCUUGGGGGCUGCACUCUUCUCCUUACCUCAUUUCAUCUCUCCGCCGUAUCAGAUCCAGGAACUGAACUCCUCCGUCAGUAAUGAGGGCUUAUGUGUGACUGGCAAUGGCACUGCCAAAGAGCAGUGGGACUCUCCAGCCUGUGUCAAGGACUCUGGUGGGAACGACCACUCUCUCUAUGUAGCUUUAUUCAUUUGUGCCCAAAUCCUUAUUGGCAUGGGCUCAACACCCAUCUAUACUUUGGGACCAACCUACCUGGAUGACAACGUCAAGAAAGAAAACGCCUCGCUUUACCUAGCCAUCAUGUAUGUAAUGGGAGCACUUGGUCCUGCAGCUGGAUACUUGCUAGGAGGACUUCUUAUUGGUUUCUAUGUGGAUCCUAGGACAACUGUUUAUAUUGACCAGAGUGAUCCUCGAUUCAUUGGAAACUGGUGGAGUGGAUUUCUCCUUUGUGCCAUUGCAAUGCUCCUUGUGAUAUUUCCCAUGUUUACUUUUCCAAAAAAGCUCCCUCCUCGACAUAAAAAAAAGAGAAAGAAAAAGAAGAUGAACUCUGAUGAUGUUUCAAGUGAUGAUGAAGUGAUGAAAGAGAAAACAAAUUGCAAAAUACAAACAGACACUGCAGUUCCUGCUUCUAUGGGAUUUGGAAAGAAUGUUAAAGAGCUUCCAAGAGCAGCUGUCAGGAUCUUAAGCAACAUGACAUUCCUUUUUGUGAGUUUGUCAUACACAGCUGAGAGUGCCAUUGUCACAGCUUUUAUUACCUUCAUUCCCAAGUUCAUCGAAUCACAGUUUGGCAUCCCAGCUUCUAAUGCCAGCAUCUACACUGGUGUGAUCAUUGUCCCAAGUGCUGGUGUGGGUAUUGUCCUAGGCGGCUACAUUAUAAAAAAACUGAAACUUGGUGCAAGAGAGUCUGCAAAGUUGGCUAUGAUCUGCAGUGGUGUAUCUCUGCUGUGCUUUUCCACUCUUUUCAUUGUUGGAUGUGAAAGCAUUAAUCUAGGGGGAAUAAAUAUACCUUACACGACUGGUCCCACUCUUGCCAUGGCCCACAGGAAUCUGACUGGGAGCUGUAAUGUUAACUGCGGAUGUAAGAUUCACGAGUAUGAGCCUGUCUGUGGAUCAGAUGGAAUAACAUACUUUAAUCCUUGCCUGGCUGGCUGCGUCAAUGGUGGAAACCACAGCACAGGGGUCAGAAAUUACACAGAAUGUGCGUGUGUCCAGAGUCGCCAGGUGAUCACUCCACCAACAGUGGGCCAACGCAGUCAGCUCCGACUAGUGAUUGUCAAAACCUACCUGAAUGAGAACGGCUACGCUGUUUCUGGGAAAUGUGAUCGAACCUGCAACACACUUAUUCCCUUCCUGAUAUUUCUCUUCAUUGUUACUCUGAUAACAGCAUGUGCCCAGCCGUCAGCAAUCAUAGUGACACUCAGGUCUGUGGAAGAUGGGGAGCGGCCCUUUGCACUAGGAAUGCAGUUUGUUCUAUUACGGACUCUUGCUUACAUUCCCACUCCCAUUUAUUUUGGGGCUGUUAUUGACACCACAUGCAUGCUUUGGCAACAAGACUGUGGCGUACAAGGAUCUUGCUGGGAAUACGAUGUCACCUCGUUUCGCUUUGUCUACUUUGGGUUGGCAGCUGCUCUCAAGUUCGUGGGAUUUUUUUUUAUUUUCCUGGCCUGGUAUUCCAUUAAGUGUAAAGAAGAGCAACUGCAGAGGCGAAGAUGGAGAGCUUCGCCGUUAAACACUGUGAGCGAGAUGGUUGGCCAAGCUGGACCCCAACAAAACUAUGCACGGACUAGAUCCUGCCCUACCUUCAGUUCCCGAGGAGACAUCAGCGUGGCACGAGGAAUGAACUGCAUAGCAGCACAGACAUACCCUGGCCCUUUUUCAGAAGCAAUAAAUUCUGCAAAUGAAAAUGCAUUGGAAGAAGUCACUGCUGAGAUAUAGACCCUUGGCUUGGUAAUGUAAUAUUUAGUUUUGUUGGUUGACUUAAUUAUGGCGCCUUGUAAAACACCUGUGCCUUCUAUUUUUAAUCUAAAUGUAACACAUGAUAAAACCAACAAAGCUUAAUGCAAACAACCAUAGUAUGUUCCUGAGGGCUGGAUACCUCGAAUCACCCAAGUUCUUAUUUCUCCCCUCCCAACAAAGGAGUUUUAAAAAUUAUGUUUGUAAUUAUUUCAGAUGUGUCCAUUAAAUGUCCAUGCUCUGAUCUAAAAUCAGUGUAAGGGUGAGGUAUUACAACAGCAGAGUUCAGUGGAGGAGUGACAAAAACUCGUAUUGUUGAUGUCUAGAUGUCACAAAAAUGCUUAAAUGUAUCAUCAACUUCAUAUCUGCAAAUUGUAUUUUUAAGAGAUGAGUAAUUACUGUGAGUUCUGCUACAAAGCACAACUGAACUUGUUUAAACUAUGCAACUUAUUUGGAUAAUUGUACAUGCAGCAAAUUAAGUUUAAAGUUUGCUUUUAAAGACAUUACUGCAACUGAAUUUGAAAGGGGCUAUUUUCAGACAUAAGCAUUAAAUUAAAAAGAACAUAAGGUUUGAAGUACUGUUAGUAACAAGUUAAGCCAUACAAAAGUUAUGCAUCAGGUAACGUUUUCAAAUGUGGAGUCAUAGUAUCUUUAUCCCGACAAAAUGUGCAUUAAUUUUCAUUUGAUGGGAUGGACUCUCAUUCUUCACAAAGUACACAGGCUAGGAAAGUGUAAUCCUUGGAGUAAAAAACUUUAGUAUUAAUUUAUACCAACAUUAAGAUACAGGAAUCAUACAAACAUUCCAGAGUAGCAGUUAUGUGUGUAUUUCUACAGUGUUAUGGGCAGCCAAAUCCAUACUUUUCCUGAAGAAGAGAAUAACCGUUUAUAGUUUGAAAGGAGCAGCUUGGCUGUCCUUCAGAAACGUGUGCCAGUCUAGUUGAGAUUCUGUGAAGGAAAUCUCAAGGGGGAGCUAGUGGCUGCCUUUCACAUCUGAGUGGCCAUCUGGGACCUGAUGGGCCCGUCGCAGCCAGCAAUAGCCUGGGGUUGGGGCUGGUACCACUCGCUGCCCCCUACAGGAAUGAGCAGAGGGACCCUUCAAGUGUGCUACCAACAGCCUACCCACUGCCGUGCCUAGUAUGAGGCUUUCCCCUCCACUCCUGGCACCACUGGGCUGCUGUGCCCCCAGCCACCGAGGUAGUCCCCAGCAGAUUUCAAACUUGGACCCCAGGUUGCUCUCCUUUCUGCCUUUCCCGCUGCCCAGUGCUGGACAGGCUGGAGAGAUAGGUGUGGCGAUCCUGAUUGUAUGGUUUGGCCCACAUGUGGACACCUUUCCUUUUCUCAUCUUCAUUGAAAGCUGCUGUUAAGGCAAAAGGCCAGUCAUCUCUCCUCUGCUUUUCCAGAGGAACAGCUAAGACUAGACAUUGUCUGCAAGCUUGGACCCACAGUACACACAGAUGUGGCCUUUGCUUAUUCCAAAUUACUGUAGUGUGUUUUCUCCCCAGGAGAUGCUGAGACUUUCUAAUCAAAUGUACUUGGCAUUUCAUUUCUUGCUCUGAAGGCUCAUGUAGUGCCAUGCUUACGAUGUACUAAUGAUGUCUCAAAGGGCAGAGAAUGAUUUCAGGUGGACACUAGGAAGUCAAAGCUGUAUUUUGUCCUUCAGGGAAACUCUUGGAAGUUUAGGAAAUUAAAAGCACUCUUUUGGGAGGACUCAGUGAUAGUCAGUUUUGGAUUUUGCCAUGCAGAGAGCUUGCGCUAAAAUAAAUAGGAAAGAACAGAACUUCUCCUUAUUUAUGAACAGAUUUAUUUCUGGUUUAAAUUUUAAUUUAUGAUAUAUGAGUUAAUCAAACAUUGCAUGGAACCAAGUCCUUGAAAUCAAAGGCAGUACACUCCUUGGCAUCCAUUUAGUUUUUCUGGUAAGAGUAGAUUGCCCUCUCUUCCUUUGCUGGCUGCCUUUCCUCAUUUCCCUGUCCUUCUAGACUGACACAGGGCUGGUUCACCUGCUUGAAAUGGUGGUUGCUUAUUUCAAAAUGUCUCAGUCCAUUUAUGUGACCUAUAAUAAUUCCGACUCCCUGGAUGCUUCUACCCCAAGCUACAUCAUGAAGGAAUAUUGUUUUAAUCACCUACUGUUAUUUUGUACGUAUUAAUAUCUUUUUGAGUCCAAGCCUGAGAACUAUUUUUCCCUUGUGUAGCCACCAGGUACAAUACUACAUCCUCAGUUGGCAUGUGCUAUCUGAGAUGUUGGCUUCUACACUUCUCAUCCCAAGGAAUAAAUUUCCUUGGCUCAAAAGUAUUUGGUAUGCGUUUUUUUUGCCAUAGGACAUCAGAAUAGAUGACAAAAAUAUCUUUUUUUCCUCCAAUGUCAAAUGCUUCUUUUACCAAGAAAUUCCUACCAUGGCAAAAAUUGAAGCAAAAUAGUAGGACAAAGUGUAAUUGCAACCCAUCAUCCAUCCAUUUAAAUCACUCAUUUUAAUCAGCACAGGCUAAGGUGAAGAGUGACAAUCUUUUAAAAUACCUCAGAAACAGAGCAUUUAGGAAACUGCAAAAAGGUUGGAAUGAAUCAUCUAUCCCAAUCUAUUCUGUUUCAUGCCUCAUGUGUGCUUCUAUUCCACGUGAAUAACAAGGGAGAGCAGAUUAGACUUGUAGGAUUGUCAGGAGCUGACACUGAUGGCAGAGAAUGAGAGUGAAAGAAGUGACACGUCUGCAACUGCUGCUACUCAUGAGCCAAUUUCAAGGGAAUUCAGAGCUUGUUGUAAUGGAGGCCACUUGCUUUUUAGGAAAUCCUGACACUCUUCUAAAAACAUUGAUUUUGUGAAAUAUUUGAGAAACUGGAUUGUAGAGGGAAUGGUGCUCACUUUGGAAGCACUGAAAAAGCCUUGAUAACAUACUUUCAAAACUUUUCCUUUCAAAAUUAUAUACAAAACAUUAAAAAAAAAGUGGUUAGUAUUUUCUGAUAUAGAUAAUUUUGUCAAUGUGAAUAUAUUUCUACAAAAUCACUUAAUUAAGUGAGCAUCCUCUGAAAGAAAGAAACCUCAAACUCUGGCCAGUUUCUGAUUGAUUCCUGUAGGAAGUUUUAUUGUGAGAAAGCUAUAACAGUCUAAACUAAGCCAAUAACGGCAUGCAGGGGAAACACGUUAACUUCCUAGGGAAGUCAAUUCCAACAUAAUUAACACUGUUUGAAGUAUGGACUGAGACCUGCUGAACAAACACUGUUUGCUGGGGUGGUCAUUGCUGAAGGAAGUACAAUCACCAGAGGAACUGUGCACAUCCCUAGCAGUGAUCAUGAUCGAAGUAUGGUGCCAAACCAACUCACAAGAAGGAAAAGGAGCUUUAUCUAUCACCAGGUGAAGAUGGCCAUGCUGUCUUCCUGCUGUGAAAUCUUCUGAUGAUAGAAUGUCAAAUUACAUUACUUUGUAAUUUCUGCCACUUUUCCUCCCUACCUGCAAACACUGAAGUUUGGUUAUCAGUGAGCACAAGAAAAGGUAAAGCAGGAGUAAAGCAGGACAGAGGCUACUGUCAGUAGCAAACCCGAGUUGUCUACCUGCAGCUGACCAGCCAAAGAUAACUCAGAGCAGUGACACCCUGCAAUUAACUGCAAGUCCACAAAGUGCCAUUAUACCAUCAUAAGGACACACUAAUUUCCUCUUAUUCCACCACUUAUUCCCGUUUUAGAGUGAGGAACAUGAGAGGUAAAGCAGCCAUUAUACAUGGACUCGACUGAAGAGGGAGUCAUCCCUGCUUAGCCUUCCAUUCAUUCUUGUUUCCUCAAAAAGGGGAAGACUUCAGAAAGGGUAUAGCCAUGGUGGUUAUGAGUGUAGCCCUCUCAGCAGAUGGUUUGUAGAGCUUUUGGGGGCUGUUGUCCUGGCUGCUGUAUCUGGACAGUGGGACUCUCUGUGUUUCUAAUUCCAGGCAAAAGCCCUAUAGAUUUGAUCCUCUCUUUUUUCCCAUGAGCAUACUGGAUAUGAUAUAGAUAUGGUAUAAUUUGAAACUGAUGGCAUUUUAAACCCUUUCAGUACACUGUAGGCAGCUGCCAGAAGCACAUUGAAUAUUAUGGUGCAAUUUAUAUUUAGUUGGAAACUUUCAAGUUCUUUGGCCAGCCAGUGUACCUUUAAAAGUGUACAUAGUAACAUGCGGUUCCUCAGAACUUGCUGUUCUGUAAGUGAAGUAAGGACAAAAAUGUCCUCCUACAUAUAAGAAAUUUAUGUUUCAAAGUCCCUAAAUUCGUUAUAAACACUUGAGUGUAAUGUUUCCAAAAAUAUGGGCCUUUACAAUAUAGCUUGUUCUUUCAUAGUGUUAACUAUUAAUUUAUUAUGGCACUGGUUCAACAGAACACUUAAAUGUGUGUUUAAGUUUAUAUCCUUAAGUAAUGCACUUAAAAAUAAUGCAUGUAAGUAUGUAUUAGACUGAAUCCCAUCUGCAUUCAAAAAGAAGUUCCUUUGCCCAGAGAGUAAUUUUUAUGCUGAGGUUUUUUUCCCCCCAUAGAUUCAGUGAUCAUUGUAACCAGGAGAGCACAAAGUAGCACUUGAGUACUCCCAUGUGACAUUGACAUGUCAGUAUAUAUCUGGCAAAGGAGGAAAGCUUUCAUUUUCAAAUAGAAUUAAAAUGAAAAGUAUUUUGUGGACAUUCUUAAAGAUACAUUCUAGCUAUCACUUCCAUUCACUUAUUUUGUCAGUUUCUGGCUGAAAAUUAGAUUAAAUUGAGGCAUCUUUCUGAUCUUAAAGCCAAUGAAAUGGCUGAAGUGAUGCAGUAGGUUUGGGUUGUGCCCUUUCACAGAAUUUGGACCUAGAGGGUCAGAUGACAAAUUUUCAGUGUCCCACACAAGCAGAGCAGAGCAGAGCAGAGCAGAGCAGAGCAAAGCAGUGCCUGCUCUGUGGAACUCCAAGGAGCAUGGUUAGGAGAGGGCUCAGCACCUUCUGUGCUGUUCUUGUGGGUUUUCUCCACAAAUGCCUCAAUUAUUGCUGCCUUACUACUGUUUCUGUGUGGGUAAUGCCAUAGCUCAGUGUUAUAUUGACAUAAAAUUGACGAUGAAUAGGUCCAAAGUGUUUUACUGCUAUUUUGGAGCCAGAUUAUCAGGCUCAUCGAUCUGAUGAUGAGGCUGAAGGACUGGGCCAGAACCUUGGGUUGGUUGUUAACAAACUGGCGCCUUCACGAGUGUGUGUGAACUAAAUGAUAUCAAAGUACUUGUUUAGGUUUUAUACUCUAUUGACUGGCUACUACUACUGUUUUCAGAGAUCAAAGACAAAAUAUUUCCUGAACAAGUUUGUCUUCUGUUUUCUCAAUAAUGUGUCUUUUAUAAUGGCAUAGGAGAUACUAUGCUGCAUGCUGCAGUUGCGUGGGUUCUCCCACCUGAAGCCAUCUAGCUGUGGUUGCUUUCCAGGGGCUUAAAACACCUGGUAACAGAUAACCUGGACUGCAAUCUGAAUUGGCAUUGCUUUUGACAGAGUGUUUGCCCCUUGAAGAUUAAAACUGUGUCAGCACAUUUCAGCAUCUUCAUGUAUUAGACAUGAUUUUACAAACAUUUUUAUCCUUUGGAGUGCUUAGAAGUUAAGACAGCUGACAUAGUGGUGAUCUGUUCAUUCUUUGGUAUAGAAUUAGGGCUUUCUGUUCUCUUAACUUGUUUUACAAAUAACACUUCAAACGGUUACAUGUACAUGUCACAGAGUAGAGAUGUGGAGCCUUCAGUGUGGGGACUAAGUAUGGCCAGGAUUGACAUGAUUCUUCUUCUUUACACUGAAUACCAUUAAUACGUGUCAUUAUGUGGCCAAAGGUUUGAAAGCCUACCUUAGCCUCAGGAAGGAAAUCCUUCCUUAUCCUUCCCCCAGAAUAUGUUACAUAAAUUGAGGAGAACAGCUAACAAUAUCCAUAUCCUGUAGGCACAUCCAUUACAUUAACUACAGUUAACAACCAUAGUUUUUAGCAACCCCUUCUCCAGUCCUUCAGAGAAUGUGUUUUCUUUUGACACAGUACAGCCUUUUAAACACAAGACAUAACUGUGCAAGUUCAAAGUAGCUCCAAACUUUUCUUGGUUUUGAGUGUUAUGAGAUAGUCUUCAGGUUCCAUUCUAUUCUUCUAAUCUUUAUAUUAUCUGUUACAUGUACUGCAUUUUCUUAUAUUUUUCUAUCUCAAACCAGUUGUCACAAUGUUACCUUGUAAUAACGUUUUGUUCAUGACAUAGAAUAAGUGAAAAGCUGUGGAAUUCAUGAAGGGCUACAAAAAGCAUCCAAAACAUUGUUCACCUCAUGGAAAAGGUGAGACAGCUUGAUAAUCUUUGGACAUAUGGCUAAACAAUACCAUGGUGCUAAUAGGUACUGAAGUAUUUUAUGAUGUAUUCACUAUGACUUAAAUGACGUAUUCAAGGCAUGUCAGUGAUGCAGCUGCAUGUGUUUUUGUUCUUAAAGUCUGGACUCCUCCAGCAAAGACAGUGUUUAUAAUUCCUGCUGGGCCAGUUCCUACCUAGCUCUUCUGUGGGAAAGUGAUUUCAAGAGGCAGUAUAGGAUUUGGCCCAGCAUUAAUAUCUAAAGUAAAAACUAUACAGACCACAGAAAUCUCAUGUAGGAUGUAUUCAUCCUGCUGUAGCAUGUUAUUUUAUUUAGUGUCUUUUCUUAAAGUAGAGACAAAAAAGAAAUUCUAUAGUAAUGAGAAGAAAAGCUGGUCUAAAUUCUGGGACCUUGUAAUUAAGCAGUGUUAGUAAGUGUUUGAAUUAAGUUGAGGAUUCACAUCUGAAAUAUUAAUGUUCUUCCGUGGAAUACUAGAAAGGGAGGGAUAGAAUAAGAGCAAAUUCUACAUCUAGCAGUGAAAAAAGGCCACAUCUGUUUAAUUUAAAAGUGAGCUGUAAUUUAAAACAGUGGACUUUGGUUUUAAAAUCUGAAAGACAAUUUUUUCUCCUUGCCUUUUUUGUUCUGAAAGGUAAUUAUUUUGUGGUGUCAUGCCUGGACUACUCAUGUAGAAGAGGCAUCUGUAUCCUAAAUAGCACCAAAAGGUACACCUCCAACUGAUAGGUCGGGAAUUAUACCUCUUUAACAAAUUACAUAUUUAAAAACAUAGAGGGAAAUUUCAAAACAAACCAAAAGUACUAAAUCAUCCUGAAGCAAGUUUCUGUAAAGAAAAAAAAAAGGAAAAUAAGGAAUUUGGAGUCAGUGAGAGCUGUGGCUGAGCAAGGGAUUUCCUCAAUGAAGACCUGCUCUUUUCCCUGUUUGAGCAAUGAGAGCUUUGCCCUUGGUUGCAGUGCAUACCUCUACCAAAUGAUGUAAGCAGAACAGCAACACUCCGGGUAGUAUGUUAUGAGCAUGAAGUGGGCACACUGCCUGUAACUGUUUAGUUUUUAAAAAACACUCGUUAUUAAGCCAAUGUGUAGAGUAUUAAGGAAAUCUGUAGAGUAUGUCUGACUGUAUGAGUGUGUGGGUGCUGUGCUGUGGUAAAAAGAGACUAAUUGGUUUAUGCGGUUUGUUUUGCAUACUUUAGGCUCCCAUAUGGGUUUUUUAAAUUGAUAUUUAUUUAUCAGGGGAGCUUAGAAUAAUUUUAAAGCUGUGUAACACAUCAUUUAAUGAAAUUUAUUGUCAACAUCUGUUGUAAACAUGUGUUUACAAAACAAACUCUCGAAUACUUGAUAUUUGGAAAUAAAAAGUAGCAUAUCAUGUGUGUUUUACUUGUGACAAAGAAAAAAAAGAAAGUGGCAAAAAGGUACGUGGGUAGCUGUAUAAUCAUUCUGGAUCAGGUGAUGAAGUAUUUGGUUCUUUUAGUGUGGAGUCAGACAAAAUCAAAUCUUUCCGCUGAAUUC